AUGAGAAUUGUAUUGCAAGUAAAAGUUGCGAUCUUUAAAUUAUGUGAAGUUGGGAGGAUUAUGUUCAUUUCUAAAUUUUAUUGGCUAGGAGCUCAUGCAAUCAGGAGUCUGGUAAAAGCUCCAUCUUUUACGCCAAGGACACCAUACCUUUCUCUGAGGCACAAACCAUUUUGCACUGAAACUGGGAAGAAUGCAGAUGAAGAAAAGCAAAAGCACUCUAAAAUAUCAGUAACAUUUGUAGACAAGGAUGGAGAAGAGAAGCAUAUCAAGGUCCCUUACGGCACGCCAAUGUUAGAAGCUGCACACGAGAAUGAUGUAGAGCUUGAAGGAGCAUGUGAAGGAUCACUUGCUUGUUCUACCUGUCGCGUUAUUGUGAUGGAUGUGGGCUACUACAACAAACUAGAAGAUCCAACGGAUGAGGGGAAUGAUAUGUUAGAUCUUGCUUUUGGCCUCACUCACACGUCUCGUUUGGGUUGUCAAAUUAUAGCAAAGCCCGAAAUCAAUGGCAUUCGAAACUUUGCUCUCGAAUCGUACUGGCCAAUCCUUUUUGCUACCCUCCACCAACAACCAGACAUUGAGUACCUUGUCACGAAAGUUGGAGCUGGUGGUGGUGCUGCAGUAGCAGUUGCUGCCCCUGCUGGUGGCGUUGGUUCUGUUGCCAGGAGAAGACAGAGCCAAGGAGAAGAGUAG